AUGACAUUUUGGAAUCAUUUAUGGACCAAGGAAGGAAUGGCUACAUUCUUGUCCUCUUACGCUGCUAAUACUUACUUACCAUCUAUGAAAUUGAUGGAAUUCUUUACUGUUGAUGAACUACGAAAUGGUCUUGUUAUUGACUCUUCUGCUUCUCAUCCCCUUGUGCCUCCUGCUCAAUAUGGCCCUUUCUUUGAUGUAAUAACAUACUCAAAGGGUGGUUCAAUUUUUCGUAUGAUACAUAAUUAUGUGGGAAACGACGAUUUCGUAGCCAGUUUAAAGCAUUACUUAACCAAGUUCAGCUAUAAAACAGCUAUUACAGAGCAACUUUUUGCUGUUAUGACUACGACUAUCAACAAGUUUAAUGUCAGUAAUUAUUUCGACUGUUGGGUCUAUCAAAUGGGUUAUCCAUUGGUCACAGUAACACGCGAUUCAAGCAAUACUAAUGGCGGAAUAGUCAAUCAGGCUCGGUACUUGUCCAACACGAAUGCUAACCCUUCAGUUGAUAAUCCUACAUCUCCGUACAAAUCAACAUGUGGCUAUAAAUGGAAUAUUCCCAUCACUUAUGUAACAAGUAAUAACCCUACAACUACAAUGAAAGCGAAUUUUUACAAAAAUACCAGCAAUCUCCAAAUAUCUUGGCCGAAUAAUACCUGGAUUAAAGCUAAUAUUGAUCAGAUUGGUUUUUAUCGUGUAAACUAUGAUUUAUCCAACUGGGAUGCGCUAGCGACUGCUUUACAAAUAGAUCAUUCCGUAUUAUCCAAUUUAGAUAUUGCUAGCUUAUUGGAUGAUGCUUUCCAGUUUGCGGCAAAUGAUAUGGUUGAUUAUAUGGCUCCUCUUAAUUUGACCAAGUACUUAAGCAAAGAAAUAGAUUUCUUACCUUGGCAUACGGCUAACAAGCAUCUAGAUACUAUAGGUGGGCGCCUCGCUGGUAGUAGCUAUUAUCAAGACUAUAUUCAAUAUCACCUCCAAAUUUUAAAACCAGCUGUUGAUACAUUAGGAGUGAUAGACAUUGGCACUGAUAUCGAAAAAAUACCAGGUAGUCUAAGAGAGGUUGCAUUCAGGACUGGAAUAGAAUAUGGAAGUGUGCAAGAGUGGGAUUUCGUAUAUAAUAUUUACAGAACAACUUUAAUUCCAACGGAAAGAUCUAGCGCAUUUUAUGCCAUGUCUUUUCCUCGCGAUCCAUAUAUUAUCAAUCGCUAUCUACAAUUUGCAACCGAUCCAACAAAAAUAGAUCCAAGUAAUUCUAUGACCGUCUUCGUUUUUCUCACUUUUAAUCCUGUUGGUAGAGAUUUAGUAUGGGAAUAUGUUCGCCAAAAUACAGGCUAUUUUAUGAAUAGAUUCAAAUCUACGAGGCCAAUUGUCAAUAUUGCUAGCAGACGCUUAAAUAGUCAAUUUCGGUUAAACCAGGUAAAACAAUUUUUUAAGGAUCAUCCAGAGUCAGGGCCAAAUGCAGCAGCAUCUGAAGCUCAAACUAUAGCUGCAAUCAAUGCCAAUAUCAAGUACUUAAAUAAAUAUGGAAAAACGUUUUCGACAUGGUUUAAGCAAAAUAUUAAGAUGGAUUAG